AAUAAAAUACAAUAACAAAACAAAUAACCAAAAAAAGGUAAUUCUUAUCCAAUAAAGAGUUCUUUGUCUGGCUGUAUGGUAAAGGCACACAUUAACAGAAUAAAAAACAAAAGCAUGGAUGUAUUAUAAGUUAGAAACCUGGCAAGUCCAAGGCAUAAUUCUCAUUACAAUCUAUCUAAGUCUUGCCAAUAUUUCUAAACACCACACAAGGAUUCCAAUAAACUCUGAAUGCCAGGAUGAUCCAAUAACCUCAGGAGAGUUCAGAACCAACACAGCUUCUGUAAAAUUCAAUCAUGCAAACAAACAAAAUCACACAAAUACCUAUUUGACAAGCAAAGUACAAAAAUAUGACCACACAGCAUGCAGGGAGAAAGAAAUACAGUCCAGGGCAAAAGGAACCUGAACCUGCAGGUACACCAACACCCAGCACAGCACAGAUACUCAAAAGAACACAAGGAUUAUGUAAAGUAGCCAGAUAAGAAGAGUAAACACUAUAAAAUCAAAAACAAAAAUAAAUAUUAAAACUUAACUGACUGCAGCUCUAAAUCAAAUAAUAAAACUCUAUACAUAUUUUACAAAUCACUCUCCAAUAUUGUCAGCCUUCAUUGAAUGUCAAUCAUCAUUCGCAUUGCCACCACAGCCUUUACCUCCAUUAGGAGCCCACCAGUCAACACAUUCCUGUUUUUUGGUCCCAUCUGAAAGGGAGAGGACUUACGCUGCUAGUGGCUUUUGUCCUAUAGAAGCCACUUCUAUUAAUGUGUGACUGUGUGUGUGUGCUUACUAUGGUAAAGCUCUUACAGAGCUAUUUUAGGGGCCAUAUCCUGUCUGCACAGAUACUCUUGGUUGGUUGAGUUUAUUAAUGUGAUUUUUUUGAUUUACUGUUGCUUUACGGCAAAGUCACAUUGCCUCAUGACACAUAUUUGAGUUAUACGCAUGGUCCUCUCUAGCAAAUGGAUAUUUUUGGAAACAGGCAGGUUAUAAAGUAUCAAAAAGAAGCUGCAGAUGCUGAGCUGUCAUAGGUUAAAGAAGAUUUUAUUGUUUGCAUUAUACUUUUUGUGAUGAUAGACACUUUUAUUACUAUUUAUGACACAUCAUUUUGCAUUAAAAUUAUGUUGCCAUCCCUUGAUUCUGUACCUUUCUAUUUAGGGUUGUGGGAGUGAAGCUUUUCCUAGCAUCACCAGGCGAAGGCUGGGAAUACCAUGUACAGGUGGCCAUGCAGUCUCCUAUAAAGAUACAUUGCCCAAAAGCUAAAAAAAUGGAUACAUAUACACAUUAAACCAAUGUGUAAGCCCCUCCUGUAGACUUUUGAAUUAUGCAAACAUGCUGAGAUUCAUCACAACAUCAGUGUGGCUGCACAGCCAGCGAGCUCAGAUUUUACCUUUACCUCUUAUUAAGUCCUGCACCUCAUGCAUUCACCAAGAAAACAUGAAUACUGUGGACGCCCUGUACAACCUGUCUGUAGACAUAAGUAAGGUUCGAAAGAUGAAGGGUUGGGUGUUGCGACAUAAACCAGUUUAUGUAUAUGAGGCCGCUGCCCUGCUGAGGAAUAUGGGGGCAAGUGAUAGGGUCAUCGCCCAUGUCUUGGAGCUCUACCCGGAGGCCAUCCUCUGUGAUCCUGAAGAAAUGGAGGCACAGAGAAAGCUGUGGAUGACAGUGUGUGCCAAGCAGGAGGAUUUAGUGGGAAUCAUCGAAAAAUUCCCUGCCUCCUUUUUCACUUCAUCCUCGGAUCAUGAUAAUCAAAAAGCCAAUAUAUUGUAUUUUCAAACGCUACAUCUAAACAAACGCAUUAUUAGUAAGCUCAUGGCCACCGCCCCUCAGAGCUUCAGCCGACCUAUGAGGCAAAAUGAAGAGAUGAUUCAGAUGCUCCAGAGGACCUUUUUGGAUUUGGGUGGGAAGGAGGACAAUCUAAGGGUCUGGCUUCAGAAGUUGAUCACUCAGAAUCCUUAUGUGCUACUAAAGGAUCCACAAGUUUUGCAGAAUAACUUAAUGUUCCUGCUGGACAGGGAGUUCACAGGCAAUGAGCUCCUGCGCUUGCUUUCCAAAUUGAAAGGGUUUGUUACUGAACUGAACCGUGAAAGUAUGAGACUCACCCUGAGUUAUUCUCAGGAAAUUCUGGGAUGCACAGAUGCAGAGCUUAGGCAGAUUGUACUUGAAUGUCCAGCUUUAUUAUAUUAUUCUGUUCCUAUACUAGCUGAUCGGUUUCAGUGCCUCCUCGCUGCAGGAAUUAGUAUAAAGCAGAUCAUGGAGACGCCCACAGUGUUGGAACUGACAACCCAGAUAGUUCAAUAUCGCAUUGAGAAACUGCGUUCUUAUGGCUACGAUGUAAAAACGGGAAGCAUUCAAGUCCUCAAUGGCACCAAGAAGGACUUUGAGAAAAGCUAUGGACAACUGCAUCUUCGACGAGAGAGGCCGCUUUUUAAUCCUGUAGCACCACUUUGCACAGAGGAUUAGGGAUUGUGGUGCUACAUUUCCAACAAGGUGAAGAGGUCCUAUGCUUACUGAAUAUAAACUAGCAUGUUUAUUUAUUUUUUAUGCAAUGUGCUGAAAAGAAUAAAUGAUUGAAUGCUUUGUUAACACUGUGUGAGAUGAAUGCUCAUUGUGCUCAAAGAAAGAAUGCUAUUUCAUUUAAUUUCCCCUCUUUGGUUUAUUGCAGACAUAUUUUUUUAUGGUUGUGAAUGAGCUAUUGUACAAACACAUAGACCUAAUUAGUAAAUCUAAUGAAAAGAAUAAAGAGAAAUAUAUUAAUAAAUAAGACUAUUAUAUUUUUAUGACAUUUUUUACUGCAAUUGUUAUGAAAUAAUGUUAAAUUGGAACAUUCUGAAAAUAUGAUUUACGGUAUGCUCUUUUUAAUUUCUUACUU